GAACUCUUCUCCAUCUUCUUCCUGCUCUACCGCUGUGUACUUGGCUUCGCUGUCUUGAACGUAGUUAACGCCGUCUUCAUCCAGCAGACGAUGAAGACUGCUAACUCUGAUGAGGAGCUGGCCUUCAGGCAGAAGCAAAAAGACUGGGCAUUGUACGCCAACAAGGUCAAGAAGCUCUUUCAAUCCAUGGACUCCUCAGGAGACGGUGCCAUCAAUUUCGACGAGUUCUCCAAGCUCGUUGCAUCGCCGAAGCUGAAGUUCUGGAUGAGCCAACUUGA